UCUACGGCGCAUUGAACACCGGCAUAUAAACAAAAGUUUGUUUCUGCUACAAUUUUGUGAGAAAUAUGUCGGCAUAUGAUAACGUGAGGGUAGGAAAAUUAGUGCUAAAGGGUGAAAAACCGAAAAAAUCAAAGAAGCACAAACGGGACAAAGAACAUAAGGAUAAAGACAAGGCGAAGAAACGUCGAACCGAAAUAGAUGAAGAUGCACUACGACAUGGUGGAUGGUGGUUGGCAAAGAGUACACCUGAAAUAAGUGGUGCAAUUGCUAUAGAAUUUGGGGAACGCUUCUAUUUGAAAGCGCUGGAUAAUGGUCUGUUCACACUAGGUCCACCACACAACGAAGGCGACGGUCCGGAACCCGAAGAAAUAUUCACAGCUUUCCCUAUAAAUGACACAAAGAUAUCAAUUAAAUCUGGCUAUGGAAAAUAUUUGAAAAUCGAAAAGGAUGGGAUGGUUACAGGACGUUCAGAAGCUGUUGGUAGCAUGGAGCAAUGGGAACCCAUUUUUCAGGAUGGUAGAAUGGCCCUUCUUUCUGAAUUGGGAUUUUUCAUGUCCAUCGAUCCAGAAGAUGAUGCUUGCGUAGCACUGCGAAAGAAAGUGACUGAGCAUGAAAUUUGUAAAAUACGAUGCAAUGCGCAGCGCGAAGCCGAAGAGGAUGAAGAACCAAAGGAAGAAAAGGGUGAUCUGUCACAAGUAGAAAAGAAUUAUGUCAAAAAGUUUCAGAAAUUCCAGGACAAGAAAUUACGUAUCAACAAAAAUGACGUCAAAGAACUUGAAGUAGCAAAGGAGCAUGGUACUUUACAUGAAGCUUUAUUGGAUCGACGUAGCAAAAUGAAAGCGGAUAGAUAUUGCAAAUAAAUAUUAAAACAAAAAAAUUAA